AUGGAAAACUCAGAUUCUAACGGUAAAAGAAAUGACCAAUCUGCAGCACGGCGCAGAAGUCAAAUGGAUCGAUUGGAUCGUGAAGAAGCUUUCUAUCAAUUUGUAAAUAACCUGAGCGAAGAAGACUAUAGACUUAUGAGAGACAACAAUUUGCUGGGCACCCCAGGAGAAAGCACCGAGGAGGAGUUGCUCAGAAGACUACAGCAAAUAAAAGAGGGUCCACUGCCGCAUAGCUCACGUGAAAAUAGAGGUCUAAACUCUUCAGAGACAUCAUCUGCCAGACCAUCUGACUCAGAACGCACUUCUGAAGCAUUGACCCAAGGGCCAUCCACCAGAGGUCAGAGGAGGGCGAGACGCCUGUACCCAGAACACCGAAGAACCAGAGCCAGAUCUGAAAGAAGUAGGUCUCCUGUGCACCCAGCAAAUGACAUUCCACAAAGAUCUCAUCAUAGCAUGUCAUCUCAGACUUUUGAACACCAUUUAGUAAACGAGACUGAGGGAAGUUUUAGAACACGUACCCAUGUAAUUUUGAGACAGCCGAUAAGUGGGCUAGGUAGAGGUCUUGUUGCAGCUUCUGCAUCAAGAACUGCCACUCAAGGGGCAAGGUCUUCGGACAAUGGUCAAGCUGCAAGAUCUGGUCAAAGACCUCCAACCAUCAUAUUUCAAGUCAGAAGAAUUCGUCUGAGUGAAUACCCACCGAGAGAUAGCAUAGCUAGCAGAACUCGGUCUCGCUCAGGGUCUCAGAUCCCAAACAACAUAAUCUCUUAUUAUAGUGAACGUGGUUUUAGGCCCACCUUUAUACGUUCUGAGCCUGUAGGUGCAGGUGUGAGAAUCUAUGUGCAUACUAGCGGGAUUCCCAUUUGUAGAUUCGUAAAUAGUAGAUCAAGUGGCACUACAUCUGUUCAGAUUCGAACAAUGUUAAGGCAGAUAAUGAUUGGUUUUAGUGAGCUGGCGAGAAUAGAAAUACAGAGUAGAAGAGGGAGCUCUGGUGGUAACCGUUCUGGUUCUGGCUCCAGCUCCAGUCCUGGCUCCAGUUCCAAUGGUCAAAGUUCAGGAAGUAGGUCAGCCAUGUUUGAAGGCAGGAAUGAAGGAACCCGAAUUCUCGCACCAGGUGCCAGGAGAGCAGGCCGACAUAGGGCCCCAGUUAUAUUUGAUGAAAAUGCCUCUUCGUCAUUUUUUGGUCUGGCUUGUAUUUUCUUCUUAAAUAAGAAUGAUGACCAACGUAGAGGAUUCACCAAAGAACACAUUGAUAAGUAUGGCUUCAUCAGCAAAAAGGAAACAUUUUUUUUUCUGCCCUAG